CCUCCUGCGUCGCUCAUUCUGUUCUCAGGCUCCAGGGGCGACAGAGUCUGAGAAAAAGAAGGAAGCAAAGAGACACAAUUCUCUCGAGAAAAAGACGGUUUCUCGGCCCAACAUGAAGUCUUGUCUAGUCCUGUUUCUCUUUCUGGCUCUCGCGGCCCUGACUUCGGGAAAGAAAGAAUGUGCAGGCGGCACUGGUACCUGUGUUGCAGAGAGGAAUUGCAACAUUCCGCAUGAAAGAGGCUCGUGUCCUGAUAACAAGGUCUGCUGCCUCGACGAGAAGGGCGGUGAAAGAACUUCAAAGAGGAACGGAAACGCUGCAUGUGAAAACAAGAAUGGAAAAUGCGUCAAUGAACAGAAAUGCCAAGGAAAGGAUGUCCUCAAGAAGAUCCGGUGCAGCGGGCAGAAUGAAGUGUGCUGUCGCAAGGGUGGUAAAAGAAAUUCAAAGUCCGCCACAAAGGCCACGUGUAACAAUAACAAAGGGAAAUGUGUGAAGAAAAGGAAAUGCAACGAGAAUAACAUCCUCGAGAGCAAUGAGUGCAGUGGAAAUGAAGUUUGUUGUCGCAAGAACGAAAAGGGCGGUGGAAGAACUUCAAAGAGGAACGGAAACGCUGCAUGUGAAAACAAGAAUGGAAAAUGCGUCAAUGAACAGAAAUGCCAAGGAAAGCAUGUCCUCAAGAAGAUCCGGUGCAGCGGGCAGAAUGAAGUGUGCUGUCGCAAGGACGAAAAGGGUGGUGGAAGAACUUCAAAGAGGAACGGAAACGCUGCAUGUGAAAACAAGAAUGGAAAAUGCGUCAAUGAACAGAAAUGCCAAGGAAAGGAUGUCCUCAAGAAGAUCCGGUGCAGCGGGCAGAAUGAAGUGUGCUGUCGCAAGGACGAAAAGGGCGGUGGAAGAACUUCAAAGAGGAACGGAAACGCUGCAUGUGAAAACAAGAAUGGAAAAUGCGUCAAUGAACAGAAAUGCCAAGGAAAGCAUGUCCUCAAGAAGAUCCGGUGCAGCGGGCAGAAUGAAGUGUGCUGUCGCAAGGGCGGUAAAAGAAAUUCGAAGUCCGCCACAAAGGCCACGUGUAACAAUAACAAAGGGAAAUGUGUGAAGAAAAGGAAAUGCAACGAGAAUAACAUCCUCGAGAGCAAUGAGUGCAGUGGAAAUGAAGUUUGUUGUCGCAAGAACGAGAAGGGCGGUGGAAGAACUUCAAAGAAGAACGGAAACGCUGCAUGUGAAAGCAAGAAUGGAAAAUGCGUCAAUGAACAGAAAUGCCAAGGAAAGCAUGUCCUCAAGAAGAUCCGGUGCAGCGGGCAGAAUGAAGUGUGCUGUCGCAAGGAGGUGGAGCUAACCCCGCGUGCAGGGAAGUGCAGUCUGAAUGAGGGACAAUGUCCCAGUGCCGGUGGAUUUUGCAGAAUGAGGUGCAGAGGUAAACCACAACUCAACGCGAAGUGCGGGAUUAAGAAUUGCUUAUGUUGUGAUUUGUGCAAAGACAAAGAAAAAAGGAAAUGCAAGAAAUAUGGCUCUUGUACACGAAGACAGAAUGGGGUCCAACAACAGUGUAAAAAAAAACAAGUUGUCAUCGAAAAGGGCUGUAAAAGAUCAAAGGACUGUGUAUGCUGUGCAAACUGCCAAGGCACUGAGAAGAAAAAAUGUUCGAAAAUAGGCGGAAAAUGUUUAAAAGAAGCAACUAAAAAAAGAACAGAAAUGAUUGAAAAAGGCUGCAAGCUUUCCGAAUGUACAUGUUGGGCUAAACCUUGCAAGGAACUGCAACAAUGUACCGAUGCAAAGGGGACGUGUGUCAGAAAAAAGAAGGACUGUCCAAGUGGUAUACUGGAGAAAAAAUACUGCAAAGGGAAAAAGUGCAAAUGUUGCCUUCCUCAAGCUCCUACGACCACAACCAAGCCUCCCACGACCACAACCAUGCCUCCCACGACCACAACCCAGCCUCCUACGACCACAACCAGGCCUAUGAACACAACCAUGUCUUCUAUGAACACAACCAUUUCUAUGAACACAACCAUGACUAUGAACACAACCAUGCCUUUGAACACAACCAUGACUAUGAACACAACCAUGCCUCCCACGACUACAACCCAGCCUCCUACGACCACAACCAGGCCUGUGAACACAACCAUGUCUUCUAUGAACACAACCAUUUCUAUGAACACAACCAUGACUAUGAACACAACCAUGCCUUUGAACACAACCAUGACUAUGAACACAACCAUGCCUUUGAACACAACCAUGACUAUGAACACAACCAUGCCUCCCACGACCACAACCCAGCCUCCUACGACCACAACCAGGCCUGUGAACACAACCAUGUCUUCUAUGAACACAACCAUUUCUAUGAACACAACCAUGCCUUUGAACACAACCAUGACUAUGAACACAACCAUGCCUUUGAACACAACCAUGACUAUGAACACAACCAUGGCUUUGAACACAACCAUGACUAUGAACACAACCAUGACUAUGAACACAACCAUGAUUACGAACACAACCAUGACUAUGAACACAACCAUGACUACGAACACAACCAUGACUACGAACACAUCAGCUACAAACACAACUAUGACUUCAACGACAUAAUCACAAUCGGCAUUGGUAUGUCUCAAGAUACAAAUCUAAAAGCAUCGCAGAAAUCAUUUUGUUUUUGACGCAAAAUACAACCGCAACCUUGACUCUCACAAAAAAAUAGGACUCGGAAUCACAACCCUAACACGACCUUGUCUCUUCCAAGCAUUGGCUUAUACAGUCACAGCCCCAGGCUCUUACAAACACAGGCUACGGAACUCAAGCAAGCACUUCUCUGACUCUGGAAAAGGAGACAUAUGCCUUAGAUCUGACACAAGAAAGAGAGAACAUGAGCAGCGAUCACGUGAUCAGUUCCGCCGUCCUGAGAGGAUCAAGACGAUGCUGCUGCUGCUUUGUAUCAAUGUUAACGUUGAUCAGAAUCGCCGCUGUUAUUAUCAGUACGGUUGCUAUUAGUAUCAUCAAUACUGUUGCUAUAUUAUCAUUUAUUAUUAUCAUUAUAAUUAUGAUUUUCAUUAUUAGUAGUAGUACUAUAGCUAUUAUCAUUAGCAUUACUGUAUUAUUAUUUUUUUUUUAUCACCAUUGUCAACCUGCAUUUCGGCACUAAUACUACAAGUUUCAGUUUCAGUUUUCUUCCCUAAAUGAGAAUGCAGUUUCUAUUCUUUCAUGUGUUUUGAACAGGAGUUUUACAAGCAUUUUCACCGGCUAUUAUGACUAUCAAUUUUACUACCAUCAUUUUAGUAUUUGUAGUUAUAAACACUAAUAAAGUCGACUAUGAGUGCA